UACUUGGCAUCAUCCAAUAAACAUGGCGGCACAGAGUAAACUUCUAAAGUUCACUCCUAAAAACUCUGCUUUAAUAACGGCAGCCGGCAUAGCCACUUAUUUCUUAUACAAGCGAAUAACACAGAAAACUCAAAAAAGAAGUACUGAUGGUCAAGAAGAGGAAGUGAAAGUUGUUAUAGCUCAACAUGGCCAGAAAAAAGAAAAGGCAGUGGUGAAUGCUGUAUUUUUUGCACGAUUGGCAAAAAUUUUGAAAGUUCUCAUUCCUGGGAUAUUUACAAUUGAGACUGCAUACCUUGGAAUUGUAGCUAUUAGUCUGGUGGCUAGAACCUAUGCUGAUGUUUGGAUGAUUCAGAAUGGAACUUCUAUUGAAAGUUCAAUUAUUGGCAGAGAUGCUGAGCAAUUUAAAGGUCUUCUGUUGAAGUUCAUUUAUGCCAUGCCUGUGAUAUCUGUUGUUAAUAAUUUGCUAAAAUAUGGACUGAACAUGUUAAAAUUGAGAUUCAGAAUCAGACUGUCCAAAUACUUGUAUGACAAAUACUUAAAGGGGUUCACAUUUUAUAAAAUGAGCAACUUAGACAAUCGUAUAUCUAACGCUGACCAGCUUUUAACACAAGAUGCUGAGAAGUUCUGUGACUGUGUAGCCGAGCUCUAUUCAAAUCUCAGCAAGCCCAUACUUGAUGUCAUUCUAUACACAGUGAAAUUAGCUGGUGCCAUUGGCAUAAUGGGCCCAACUUACAUGUUGCUUUAUCUGGCUUUCUCUGGUGCUGUCCUUACAAGGUUGAGGAGACCUGUGGGGCGUAUGACAGUAUCAGAACAAAAACUAGAAGGGGAGUACCGCUAUGUCAACUCUAGGCUUAUCACAAAUAGUGAAGAGAUUGCUUUCUAUCAAGGCAACAACAGAGAAAAGUUCAUUAUUACUAGCACAUUCCAUAAAUUAGUUGACCAUCUUCGUAGCUUCAUCCAUUUCAGAGUUCAGAUGGGAUUUGUUGAUAACAUCAUUGCUAAAUAUGUUGCCACAGUAGUUGGUUACUUGGUUGUAAGUCGACCAUUCCUUAACCUAAAUCACCCAAGACACAUGAACUCUUCUCACAGUGAGCGUCUUGAGGACUAUUUCAAAAGUGGUCGAAUGUUAGUCAAGAUGGCAGAAGCUAUUGGAAGAAUAGUUUUGGCUGGCAGAGAGUUAACAAGAUUAGCAGGGUUUACUGCCAGGGUGACAGACCUAAUGAAGGUGCUGGAUGAUCUUAAUGCUGGGCGUUAUGAACGCACCAUGGUGAACACAGAAAAUAGUAGAGGAUCUUCAAAUAACUUGAAACAGCUGACUCUUAAACCAGGAAAUGGAAAAAUAAUUAUCAAAGAUCACAUCAUCAAAUUUGAUAAAGUGCCUCUUGUAACGCCCAAUGGAGAUGUCCUGAUUGAAGAGUUAAAUUUUGAAGUAACAUCAGGGAAGAAUGUCCUUAUUUGUGGACCUAAUGGCUGUGGGAAAAGUUCACUCUUCAGAAUAUUAGGAGAACUUUGGCCUUUAUUUGGUGGAACUAUGACUAAACCAGAGAAGGGAAAGUUAUUUUAUGUACCCCAGCGUCCUUACAUGGCUGUUGGAACUUUGCGAGAUCAAGUCAUUUAUCCUGAUAGUCAUGCUGAACAAUUGAAAAAAGGUGUCAGAGAUGAGGAACUGGCUGAGAUUCUUGCCAAGGUCCAAUUGAACCACAUCUUAGACAGAGAGGGAGGAUGGGAGGCAGUACAAGACUGGAUGGAUGUCUUGAGUGGUGGGGAGAAACAAAGAAUUGCGAUGGCUCGACUGUUCUAUCAUAAACCUCAGUUUGCUAUAUUAGAUGAAUGUACUAGUGCUGUUAGUGUUGAUGUAGAAGGAUUCAUGUACCAAUAUAGUCGAGAGGUUGGGAUAACUCUGUUUACUGUGUCUCACAGAAAAUCAUUGUGGAAGCAUCAUGAGUACUACCUUAAGAUGGAUGGCCGUGGUUACUACGAGUUCAAGCCUAUUACUGAAGACACAACUGAAUUUGGUUCUUGAUUUCCUAAACAGAGUUUUUUACUUAAAGUUAUUUAUUUACAUAGAGAGCUUGUAAAAUAAUUUGAAUAUCUUGUUGUCGUGUCAGAAUUUUUUUCUUACUUAGAAACUAAGUAUUGAUCUGGUUUUACUAUGAACUAGAAAUCUCCAGGAACUUCAACUUGUCAUUCUUGUUUGAUGUUAUGUGCAAGUUUGUUUUUUUUUAAUAUAUAUGAAUAUAAGUAAUUUAAUGUGGAUGUAUUUGAUAGCAUUUUUUUUUUAUAAUAAUCAAACAGUUCUAUUUUUUUUUUAGUCCUUAUCACUAAAUUAUUUUAAAUAAAAUUGAUGUUUGUUGAUAAUUUUUGUCUUUAAUGUUUAAGUGACAAUUUAUUAGUCGUUAAGUCUAUACAUAAUAAUGUAACUUAUUUUAAAUUGUAUCUAUUUCUUCUCAAUAACCACAUUUUGUGUGUGACAAAAAAGUGACUAUUCUAUUUUUUGCUGGCUUUUUUUUUUUUUUAAAUGGUGAAAGUUGACAAGAUUCAAACUCUGCUCUAGGCUAGUGAUGUUCUAUCGUGAUGGAUGUAAUAACUUUUCAAAUAGUGAAUAUAUUUGUAUACUCUUUUGGUAUGUGUAACUAUUUUCUUGCUCAUGAACUGAUCUGUUGGCCUAUCAAGUUAACCCAUGUCAUAUGUUUCUGUUGCCCUUUGAACUCUGUGUAGAUGUACGUUAAAAGUGUACUAUAUAUUUUUUUUAUGAUGGUCAAAUGAAAGUGUUAUCUCCUGAUGUAAAUAUGUUUCAAGACAUUCAUUCAAGUUUUCUCUCAUAAACCUUGCUUGCUAUAUGAUUCAACUCGUCUGUGUCGCUGACUACUUAUGACACUGUUGUGGGCUUUCAUGUCAGCACAUUUUUAUUGUUUUGGGAUGGAAAGAAAUUCUUUUAAAAUUUUUAGAUCAAAUUUUACUUUAGUUAUUGGUUACAUUUCAACUAUGUAGAGCAUUGGUUAGAUCUUCUUAAACCUAGUACUUUUCUUGAUCUAUCAGAAGGAACUAGAGACGAGCCUUCUAGAUAUUUGUGUUGUCUUUGAACAAGAAUUCAUUUGUUACUUUGUUUUAAAACAUGAUGAUGAGUUGUGUGUGGAGAAUAGGAGUCAAAAAUAUUUUGGGGAUCUAUGAAAAAUUAUCUAAUAUAGCAUAGAAUUUGUGUGAAAUAGAUAAAUGAUUUGAAUGGUAAGCAAGUUGGAAUGAACUGAAAUAUGAACAGGUUAGUAUCCAAUAAUUUUGAUCUUUUAUAAGAGUUUUAUUUCAGUCAACAGUUCUGAUCCUUAUGUAAAAAAGUAACUAAGAACCUUCAGACUAUAUAGAAAAUAUUAUUGAAAAUUGUAAGGCCUUCUUUUUACUUUGUUUCAACUGGACUGGAAAUAAGAAGUGACAAAAAAGUAGUUGUCAUUGUUGAAAGUUAUUGAGAACUUAAAAAAUUAAAGUUAAACCAAAAUUGGAGCAAAAAUUUAUUUAUGGCAAAAAUGUAUUUAUGGUUAAGUAGAAACUAAAAAUAACAUUUACUGAGAGUGUGUUAUUUAUUCGGUACGCUGAAGUAACAUGUUGACUUAGGAAACUUCGAAUGCUUCAAUUUAAAAUAGAAGCUUGAAUGCACUUUUAACAACUGGUUUCUUAUGAUGUUUAAAUUUUUGUUGAAAGAAGACUAAAUUAGUUAGAACUACUCUGUGAGUUCAUUUAGUCAGUUCUUGUCCCCAUGGUGCCUAGUAUUGGGGCUAGUGAUGUCCAGUUUCUUACACUUUCUUUUAGACAUUGUGAGUAUGAGAAAAGAAAGAUGAAGAUGCUUAAGUUUUGUUUUUAUUUAUAAAUGGAAACAAUUUAUUUUGGUCAUGUUCUUUUUGUCUUGUAAGCUUAGGUUCAAUCCUAGAAACCUAGACUGCCACUGCAACUUUUUUUAAAGGAAUAAAACAAAUGUACAAGAAUAAUUUAACAUCUGUACUUUACAACAAUGUUUCUGUUUGUUUCAUCUGAGUGCCUUUUAAUGACUCCUAUUGCUUGAGUUAUUUGUUUUGUUGAAAAUAGCUGGCUAUAAAGUUUGCUCUAUCCAUUUAGUCUGUUAAAGCCAUUUGUGUAACAGUUAGCUGGAGAUAUGGAAAUUGUUUAGUAUCCAGAAACAAUUGUUCCCUACCAGAACACACAUUUUGAAAGUAAAAACCAUAACAAUAGGACUGUAACAUUUGUUCUUUCUUUAUUACCUAAUGACUUCAUAUUCAUAGGAAAAAAACAAUAUAAAAAUAUGCUGUUUAUGUACAAACAUAUUUAGAAAGUUGACAUUUGUUUUAUUUGCAUUGCAGUUUUAUGAAUUACAAUCAAAGAAUAGGAUACAAAAUCUAUUGCAAGAAACAAAUUUUACAAAUAAAGAGGACUUUGUUAUCAAAUUGUUGUGUUUUUUUUUCCAAGACAAAAUAGUUACAAUAAUGACUAACACUGCAUUACAUUUACUAGUUCUUAAUUGAGCUGCUCAUUGAGAGUCAGUGGCUGAGAUAAAAAAAACAACAAUGUAUGGAACUGACUCUACAGAACUAUUCAGUGUAAUCUUACAAACGUAAUCUAAGACAUCAACUUGAACAGAACAUUUUCAUA